AGGCCUGAGGUUGUGUGGUGGAAAAAAAAAAACGAGAAAGGGUUCAUGGGCGAUCAAAAGUUAUGUAAGGCAUAGCUUAUAACAAACCUGUCACUCCUCAUCAUGUUGUGGGAAUCACCUUGCUCUCUGCAGAGGCGGACCCACCUUCCUCACCUCACCUGUCUUUUUGGAUCAGUGGUUCUCCCACGGAGCUUUAACGCUGCCUUGCAUGCGGUUAAUCUCCACUGGUUCUGAGCCAGACAUGAGCUUUUAGUGGGAGCAUUUUUCCCCAGCUGGAAAAGAAAGGCGUUCAUUGACCAUGGAGGCCUGCAGCAGUGUGUCGGUGCUGCUGUACAGAAGCUCCAAACCUGUGGGGAAGGUGAGGCAGCGGGUCCGAGGCCUCCGGAAUCCCUCCUCCUCCUCCUCUUAUUGCGACCGUGCAGCCAAGCUGGACCUGAGCCACAACGAGAGCGCUCGGUUUGCGGCGGACUCUCUGCUUUGCCGGGGCUUGGAGGGCUACCACAGAGUGCUGGAGGCUGAGGGGGAGGUGGACUUUCUGUCAGAGCUGGAGAAGGAUUACAUCCUGCAAAACGGGAGCGAAGCCCACACAGACGAUGCGGGCGAAAAAGAUGAAGUGGACAGAGAGUUUAACAACUCAUUUGCUGGUCGUCGGUCCCGCUCCCGAUGCUCCAAAGGACUAACCAACAGCGACUCCACCGGAGAGAAGAUCUACGAAGUGAGAUCAGCUGCUCCCGUGCCGGACGAUGCCAGCGCUGAGGUCUUCUUCCGGAAUGACAGCAGUGCAGCCGGCAUGAAAGAUCUGGUCAGACGGUUCAUCAGGAAGGCUAAACUGGCCCUGGCCGUGGUGAUGGACAGCUUCAGCGACCCGGAGCUGCUGUGUGACCUCCUGGAGGCGAGCAGGAAGAGGAACGUGUCGGUGCACCUGCUGCUGGAUCACCUCAACCUGAAGGUGUUCGUCAGCAUGUGGCAGGACCUCAAGCUCAUCAGCAGGAACUACCCCAAGGUGUCAGUACGCAGUGUCUCAGGUCAGACCUACUGUGCAAAGACGGGCCAGAAGCUGAGCGGUCAGAUUGCAGAGAGCUUCAUCAUCGCUGACUGGGAUGAGGUUCUGACCGGUUCAUACAGCUUCACGUGGCUGUCCGGGCAGGUCCACCGGAGUCUCCUUGUCCUCAUUAAAGGCAGCUCGGCCUCACAUUUCCAUCAGGAGGUCCUCAGACUUUACUUCAGCUCCAAGCCGGUCCCUGGCUUCGUCACUUUCGUCACUCUGCCGCAGUCUUUCUGUCUUUACUCCAGAUCGCGUAAACCUCAGACCCCUGUUAUCUGUAACCAGAAACCCCAGCAGCCUGCGGCAGCAUGCCCACGGCCGCCACGGUCUCCUCCAGGUGACGGGCAGCCCAGAGAGACACCAGACUCUGGGUUGCACACGGAGAGAACAGCUGCCCAGGCGGCUCUGAAGCCUUGUGGCCAAACAGGAGCAGAGGGCAGGAUGCAGAGUGUAACUGUGGGAAGGCCUCAGCUUGCGCUGGUCUCAGCAUGUACCCGGCUUAACCAAAGAGUAAAGGUGGAGCUGCUGGGGAGGAAUCAAAAGCAGCUCUCUGCUCAGCCAGAUCGUCCUGCUCAGACCGUCUCAGAUGUCCAGUCCGGGCUUCACAGCACUGUCAACACCACAGCUGAGACCAAUGUGGAGCUCCAGGAGCCACACACUCUGAGCGCCAUGUGCCCAGCCCAUGAGCAGCAAAGGGAUGUUUAUUACCAGCCAGGUGUAAAGACUGAAAACAGUCUCGCUCACCCAGAGGCGACUACUGAUGGAGUUUUCUCGCAGCAAAGGAACAGGAGCGUGUUGACCGAACCACCAGAGUUCAACCCAGGCAUAAAAACACAGAGAAACCAAAGAGAUUCCUCUCUAAACAGUCCUCCAUGUGAUCAACCUGAGCUCCUCUCGCCUUCAACAUCCCAGCCAAUGCAGUCAAAGAGCAGCCGUCACAUCCCUCUCAGCAGCCCCAGGGAGUACAUCCCCACGCUCCAACCCAGCACCACCUUUAGGGAAACCAGCAAGCAGCAGGUGUUCAUGAAACACUAUCAGGGUCCUGUAAACUCGCCCUCUUACACAGCAUCUUCCUGUUUUAAACCAGCGCCUGCAGGAAUGGGAUCAGCCAAGACGCAUCUCCACCCCGUCACCUCCCUGCAGCUAAAUGCCGCUCAGAGAAUGCAGUGGAGCCCACAGAAGGCUGCAGGACCCAGAGUGGUAACUCGCUACAACUCCUUCAGCGGCGCACAUGUGAUGGAGCAGGCAGGCUGGAGACCCCUGCAGCACAGCAGGAACACGUUAGUGGGAAGAAGCCUGAGCAUGACGGAGAGAUGCGCGGCAGGCUACAGAGGAGCAGGGUUUCACCCAAACUGAACAGAAAUAUACGAACAGUUUUAAUGCUGAACCCGGUGCAGCAACACGGCUCCACUGUUCUGACGGAGGUUUAGGUUCCCAAGAGACAAUCUGUGAAACACGAACAGGAAUGCAUGCCAUGGAGCAACAAAGGGUAGCACAUAAAUAUGAAAUCAAAAGAAAUGACAAGCAAUUCUCAAAAUGUAAAAGUUAGGUUUAUAGGCAGUAUGGCACAAUCCUACCAAGACCAGCCCGUCCACUUAGCAUGACAGUCCUGGGAGGGACGGCAUUAAUCAGAGAGGCAGCCAAGAGGCCCAUGGUAUCUCUGGAGGAGCUGCACAGACACACAGCUCAGGUGGUUGGUAGGAUAGCACCUGACUGUGGCUGAUAAAAUGGAUAUUUUAGAAUGAGAAAUAACAGCCAGGCCAGAGAGAAAGGUGUCAGGAGACAGAUCCCAUUGUCAAGCUUCAUGGCAGAAGAUUGUCUGCCUGUUUUUCUUCUGUCAUCGGCAAAUAAAAAAUGUGCAUCUUU